CAGGGAUUUUUGUGAGGAGAGAGCCAGCUUCUUUUUGAUCUAAAACCAUCUUCCUCUCUUCUUCUCUGGUUGUCGGUCUUCAUUGUUUCUUCUAUAAUCUCAAGAAAUUUAUGAUUCUGACAUCAUUUCGGGUUGAAAUUUUGUUUAUUGAUUCAUUUCUGGAUCAUCCAUGGGGGAAAGGAGACGCCUUGGUUGCAUUAUGGGUUGGGAAUGGGAAUAAGAAACUUGGGUUCUUCUCCUUCAGGUAUAGCUAUGACUCAGAAUAACAGGGAUAAACCCGAGAGGCUUUAUCAAGUUUGGAAGGGAAGCAAUGUGAGUUCUGAUAAACCCAUGUUCUGUCUCAUUCCUUUUUAUUAUGUUUGCCUUUCACAUUCAAUCUGUAUGUGGAGAUCAUGAUCAUUGGUUGUGGUUAUUUCUUUCAAUUUCAUUUUCUUGAUAAAAGGUUUCGCCUUUU